ACUUCUCCCCCGUGCUCCUCCCCCACCUACCGCGCCACACCCGCCUCAAAUCUUCGGCCCCUCGGAUUCAACCACCGAUUACAUCACCCCCGCCGUCGCCGUCGCCGCCCCCGCUGCUUCCCGAGCUAUCUCAUGGCGGCGUCAGCCUCCUCCCUCCUCGCCGCCGCAGCAUCCUCAUCCUGCGCGGCUAUCUCUCCCCGGCUCCCCCGCGGUGCUCCGGCCGCCGCCUCCGUUCCUUCGCCGUCGCGUCACACCUGCCCUUCCCUCCGCGCUUCCCCCGCGAGGCGCCAUCAGAGCCGCUUCGUAGCCAGCGUCGCUCCCACGAUGCAGCCUUCGGCGGAGUCCAGGGUCUCCACUGUGGUCGACGUCGACCUCGGCGACCGUAGCUACCCGAUCUACAUCGGCGCAGGCCUCCUCGACGAGCCGGACCUGCUGCAGAGGCAUGUUCACGGCAAGAGGGUUCUGGUGGUUACCAACACAACCGUCGCGCCGCUUUACCUGGAGAAGGUGACCUGGGCACUCACCCACAACAACCCGAACGUGUCCGUGGAGAGCGUGAUCCUGCCCGACGGCGAGAAGUACAAAGAUAUGGACACGCUGAUGAAGGUGUUUGACAAGGCAAUCGAGUCCCGGCUUGACCGGCGUUGCACAUUUGUAGCACUGGGUGGUGGUGUCAUUGGGGACAUGUGCGGGUUUGCAGCUGCUGCGUUCCUCCGUGGUGUCAACUUCAUACAGAUACCAACUACUCUGAUGGCUCAGGUGGAUUCAUCUGUUGGUGGAAAGACCGGGAUUAACCACCCACUUGGGAAGAACUUAAUUGGGGCAUUCUACCAGCCUCAAUGUGUACUGAUAGACACGGAUACACUGAACACAUUGCCUGACAGGGAGCUAGCUUCAGGCAUUGCUGAGGUAGUUAAGUAUGGGCUCAUAAGGGAUGCACCAUUCUUUGAGUGGCAAGAGAAGAACAUAUCGGCAUUGUUAGCAAGAGAACCAAGUGCUUUGGCAUAUGCUAUUAAGAGAUCAUGUGAAAACAAAGCUGAAGUGGUUGCACAGGAUGAGAAGGAAAGUGGUCUUCGAGCGACACUAAACCUGGGUCACACAUUUGGCCAUGCUAUCGAAACUGGGACUGGAUAUGGAGCAUGGCUCCAUGGGGAGGCAAUUGCAGCUGGAACAGUUAUGGCAGCUGAUAUGUCUCACCGCCUGGGGUGGAUAGACGAGUCAAUCAGAAAACGUGUAGUGGAUAUACUAGAGCAAGCCAAGCUUCCCAUUACACCUCCAGAGACUAUGACAGUGGAUAAGUUCAAAAGUAUUAUGGCUGUUGACAAGAAGGUUGCUGAUGGUUUGUUGAGGCUCAUCCUUCUGAAAGGGCCUCUGGGGAGCUGUGUUUUUACUGGGGAAUACGACAGGAAAGCACUUGAUGAAACCCUUCAUGCAUUCUGCAACAACUGAUCCUUCUUGAUUUUGGAUUUCGCCUCUUGUAUACUAAUAGGCUCCCUUCAUGCAUUCUGCAACAACUGAUCCUUCUUGAUUUUGGAUUUCGCCUCUUGUAUACUAAUAGGCUAUAUUGAUCAUCAGGGAGGAGAGCGCAUUGUGUAUUUAUACCCAUUGAGUUUUGUUGUCGGGAAUAAUGGGAUUGUUAGGGAUUGGUUUGAGUUUGUAGGGAACCUUAUCUGAUCAACUGUGAUCAGUCAUCUUCUAGUAAUAAAGAAGUUUCACUGCA